AAGUGGCAAAAGCAAUGGGAGGAUGAGAGGGGGGAAAAGGACGAUGGUUUUACAGAGUUCAGAGGAAAGUGGGAGAAAUGAAGUGUGCAGGAAGGGACAGGAGACAAGAGAGAAUAAUAUCACGACUUAGGUUUGGACACACUGAACUAAACAGUAUAUCAUUCAAAAUAUGUAAACAUAAUUCAGCAUGUGACUACUGUAGCCAAGAAAAAACAAUAGAGCGUGUUAUGCUGCACUGUCAAACAUAUGAGCAAGGAAGAAGGCAUCUGAUUCAAAGAAAGUACAGUUUAAUCUAGUAGAUAUACUACAAAAGAACACAAACAAGUGUUAUCAAGUCAUAUUUCAGUAUCUCAGACAAACAAAUGUAAUUGAAAGAUAUAAGGUUUUUCGUUUUGUUUAUUACGUUUAGAGACACACUCCAUACCAGUUGGUGGCGGUAAUGCACCAAUUUGUUGUUUGCCAAGCGCCAAAAAAACAGAAGAAGAAGAAUAAAGCAUGAAUAAAAAAAGGCACUCACGAUGCAGAGGUGGUGUCUGCAAUUGUGGAGGAAGCAGUGCUCAGUGAUCCCAGGUCAGAAUGUCUUUCAGAGACUUAAGAAACUUCACUGAAAUGAUGAGUGCCUUGGGCUACUCCAGGCUGAUAUCUAUGGAGAACUUCAGAACACCAAACUUCACUUUGGUGGCGGAAAUCUUAAUAUGGCUUCUGAAGAGAUAUGAGCCUCACAUGGAUAUUCCCACAGAUGUGGAUACUGAGCCAGACAGAAUAUUCUUCAUCAAGGCUGUGGCCCAGUUCAUGGCGACGAAGGCUCACAUCAAACUGAACACGAAACGUCUCUACCAAGCCGAUGGCUACGCAGUGAAAGAGAUGCUGAAGAUCACCUUUGUGCUGUACAGUGCCAUGAAGAUCAAGCAGAUGGCCCUGGGAGAGAGAAUCGAGGAGGAUAACAACAAGUUCAAGUUUGACCUUGUCCCACGGAUUUCAGAUCUUAAAGCGGCUCGACAACUGGCGUCUGAGGUCACGUCCAAAGGAGCAUCUCUAUAUGAGUUACUGGGGAAAGAGGUGGACCUAAGGGAAAUGAGAACUGCUGCUAUUGCCAGACCUCUGGAGGUCAAUGAGACUGAAAAGGCCCUGAGAGCUGCCACCAAGGAGGUUUUGGAAAGUGUGGAGAAGUACAAAGAAAUGCUGAUUAAUGUUGUGUCUGAUGAGACCAGUCUGGACGCAAAGAUCGAAAAGAAGAAGCAGGAGCUGGAGAGGAAUCGGAAGAGGCUCCAGACACUGCAGAGUGUCCGACCAGCUUUCAUGGAUGAAUAUGAGAAGAUCGAGGAAGAUCUGCAAAAGCAAUAUGAAACCUUUGUGGAGAAGGUCAGGAACCUCUGCUUCCUGGAGUCUCAGCUGGAUGAAUACCACGGACUGGAGCUGGAGCGGUUUGAGGAGGCUAAAAACACCCAGAGGAUGAUGCAACACAAACUGAGAGAGGAGGAGAGAGAAUUGAUGAGAGGCUCCUUGAAAGAUGAGGAUUCAGACAUGGAGGUCCCAGACGAUGAAGGCUCGGACAGUGACAUAGAAGAGUCUCGACCGUCUAAGCCCCGCCCAGCACGAAAUGGCAUCAUGACAGGAAUAGGUUCUCAUUUCAUCGGGACCAUGCAGGGUGCUGACAGCGACGAGCCCUCGGCUGUUUCCAGAAAGUCAAUUCAUUCUGCCAAAAAACAAGGGAAUCUCAAGACUGAGGACAGCGAGAUUGAUGUGGACGAGGAUGAUGAAGAAGAUGAGGAAGAUGAGGAGGAGGAAAGCAAAGAUUUCAAGGAUGACAGUUUGGAGGGCCCGGUGUCCAUGGCGGCUCGCACCUCGACGGGGGGCAUGAGAUCCCCUCUGUUGGAGGAGAGCGACAAUGACAACUUCUAAAUUAAUAACAUUAAAAACAGACACACACACACUGUUUCUGUGUUCCAGCUAUCACAACACAAAGCAGUAAUAUAGUUCCUAUGUUUUUUAUAUUUGUGUAAACUGGUUUCCUUAAUAAAAUAUCAAUAAUUUUA